AUGGAUCCUACUGAAUUGUCCCAGGUGACUCAACAGGUAUUGGAGUUCCUUGGUUCGAUUGGGAAGUCAUUUGCGGCGUAUAUCGCACUACCACAUGUCUACUGGGCAAUCAUCGCUUGGGCGAUUGUGUUUACGGCCGUUGUUACGCUUGGGCUGAGCUUAGGUUUCGGUUCAGAAGGUGUUAUUGCGGGCUCGCUCGCCGCUGCCUUCCAGUCGGCUAUGUACGGCGGAUUCACGCCGGCCGGGGGGAUCUUCGCAUCGCUGACGAGUCUUGCGAUGCUGGGUCUCCUCGCACCCGCAACUACAGCAAUUGCGGCAAUUAUUGCCCUGAUUCCAGCGGUGAUAAUCUUCAAUUCAGUUCUAGACUCAUAA